UGGGCGAAUACGAGCGAAAUUUUGGAUGUUGGAGUUUUUGAAUGAUUUACUGUCACGUCAUACGCUUACUAGUAAGUCUAAAACACUUAACAUCGUCGAUUACGUUCACGCUUUCCCCUGGACUGCUUAGUAGCGUGAAGCAUGACUAAAUUGUCGCUCAUAUCCAACAUGAGCAUGCGGCGUUCUGGUGUGUGAAUAAAGGAAAUACAGUAAGUGCCUUUAUGUUGCAGCGGUUUGCCAACCGAUUCUGCUUCCAAAAUUAAGCGAUGCUGGUCACCGUUUUCUGCGCGCCGAGGGAUCGCCCAGAAACCACAUUCGCCCUCGAUGUAUCCCCAGAGCUGGAACUCAGAGACUUUGUGGCACUUUGCGAACUCGAAUCGGGAAUCCCGGCGGGGGAAAUUCAGAUCACCUAUGUUGAGCAGCCCCUAAAAGACCCCACACGUGCCUUGGGAACAUAUGGCGUAAAGGAUGGAGACGUGGUGGUCCUCAGGCAAGCCGACAGAAGGCCGCCACCCACUCAACAAUCCUUCCCAGGUCUUCCCCGGAUUGACUUUCGUUCCAUCACAGUCCCUGGCACUUCAACUUCGACCGCUCCCCGUAGUACCAUUAGGCCACCACAGCAACAGGCUACACCACCGCCGCCGCAGCAGCAGCCGCUACCACCUCAGCAGCAACAGCCACAGCGAAAUGCGCAACCCUCCACACCACCAGCCUUUCGGAGCCCCUCUUCUCAGGGGCUUGAUGACCCAGCCUUGCUCCAGCAGAUGCUUCUGUCUAAUCCACACGAGCUGUCCCUCCUGAAAGAGAGAAACCCACCCCUUGCCGAGGCCUUGCUAAGCGGAGAUCUAGAGCGUUUCACCAAAGUGUUGCUGGAGCAACAGCAGGAUCGAGCCAAAAGGGAGCAAGAGCGAAUCCGACUGCUGACUGCAGAUCCUUUUGAUUUGGAAGCGCAGGCAAAAAUUGAGGAAGAUAUCAGGCAGCACAACGUCGAAGAAAAUAUGACCAUCGCAAUGGAGGAGGCCCCAGAAAGCUUUGGGCAGGUGGUUAUGCUCUACAUUAACUGCAAAGUCAACGGGCACCCUGUAAAAGCUUUUGUCGACUCAGGUGCCCAAAUGACCAUUAUGAGCCAAGCCUGUGCAGAGCGCUGCAACAUCAUGCGACUGGUAGAUCGGCGCUGGGCAGGCAUCGCCAAAGGAGUGGGCACACAAAAGAUCAUCGGCAGGGUUCAUUUGGCUCAGGUCCAGAUUGAAGGGGAUUUUCUUCCCUGCUCCUUCUCCAUUUUGGAGGACCAGCCGAUGGACAUGCUGCUCGGCUUGGACAUGCUCAAGAGACACCAGUGUUCGAUUGACCUGAAGAAAAGCGUGCUUGUCAUCGGCACGACGGGCACAGAGACUCGCUUCUUGUCUGAGGCUGAGCUGCCCGAUUGUGCUCGGUUGGCGUACGGGCCAGAGGGGCGCGAGGAAAGCCGCCCGGAAGAGAUAGCAGACAGGGAGCUCGCAGAGGCGCUUCAGCGGUCCGUACAAGAAAGCGGACAGCACUGAUGCAAAAGGAGACAGAUGGAAAGGGGCCAAACAAUCAGACACUGCAGACGGACAGACUACCUCACCACAGCCGCCGCCAUUGUCACUACCCACAGCCUCAGACCAAAUGUCCUCUAGCGCCCAUCCCUUGAACCCUG